AACUUAGAAAUGCGCAAUUCUUUAUUUCCAAAAAUUUGGCGCCUCGACAUUUUUCAUCAUAAAACGCGCAAGUAUGGAAACUUUGAAACCUAGCAACAAGCCACAGUUUUGGUUAAAGUCACGUUGGUUUCAAGUAUUUAUUAUUUUAUUGUGUACAAUGUGUAUAUUGUGUUUGUCGUUGAACCCUGAAACGCUUGCAAAGUUAUCACUGGAAGCUUUUCAAGGCAACUCACUCUUAACCCCCAAAGAGUCGGUACAAGAUGCACUUUGUGACGUUCAUACUUUAUAUCACGAAAACCAAGUGAAGCUGAAUAAGAAGCUUUCAAAGUUGGUGCAGAGAACUUUCUUUCGCAUUUUCAAGGUAGACUUGUCAAAGGAAUGUCCAUUUUGGCCCGAUGAUGGACAGUGUGCGCUUAGGGACUGUAGUGUUUGUGCUUGUAGUGAGGACGAGGUACCUGUGCUUUGGAGACUUGGAGGUAACCAAGAGACUUCGUCUUUUCUUUUCAAAAGCUCGGUGGCCACUUGUGAGUCCUCUGGUGGAAGAGAUGUCUUGAAUGAUGUAGAUAGAAACUUGGGUGAUGCACAGUUUCAUAAGUGGCGAGAAGAAGAUGAAGACGUUUGGAUUAUUGAAGAUAGCGAUGACAGUAUGAUAUAUGUGGACUUGAUUGCCAAUCCUGAGAGAUAUACUGGUUAUCAAGGAGUUAGUGCUACUCGAGUAUGGAGAGCGAUUUAUAACGAGAAUUGUUUUCUUUUCGCAGAUAGCUGUGCUGAUCAAGAAGUUUGUUCACUGCAACAACACCAUUGUAAAGAACAGCGAGUAUUUUAUCGACUGAUAUCAGGAAUUCAUACUUCUAUCAAUAUGCAUAUUGCAAAGGAGUAUUUAUUCAAAACUCGUUGGGGUCCCAAUGUCAAAUUGUAUCAAGAAAGAGUGCGACAAUUCCCGGAAAGAGUAGAGAAUUUGUAUUUUGCGUUUGCUGUAAUUCUUCGAGCCAUAAGCAAGGCCAUGCCUCUUCUGUUACCAGAAGUUUAUGAUUACCGCACAGGCAAUGUGACUGAAGAUGAAAUAACUUCACAAGUACUGAGAGAUGUAUUCUCCUGUUCGAAAUUAUUAACUCCCAACUGCUUAACUUUUGAUGAAAGAGAACUUUUUCGAGCACCUGAAGGCAUUUUUGUUCAAAAGCAGUUCAAAGAGCAUUUUCGAAACAUUUCAAGGAUUAUGGACUGCGUAGGUUGUGAAAAGUGUCGUUUAUGGGGAAAACUUCAAUUUCUUGGCAUUGGAACAGCAUUAAAAAUACUAUUUGAUGAGCCACUGUUAUCCCUUCAGCAUAAUGAAGUGAGCUCCUUGUUGAAUGUAUUGCACAGGCUUUCGACGAGCGUUAUGACUGUCGCAUAUAUGGAACGAUUGCUUCUUUUUCAAAGAAUACGAGAAUGGUCGUUUGUGACUUGUUUCAUAUCGGUCGUUGGUUUUGUUUUUAUGUUGUGUUUUAGACGUUCACAUUGGGAACGAGAAGAGCUCAACCACAAGAUGAAGUCGGUUUAAUAUCUCAAUUUUUUCUGGAGAUGGAAAUAUUUCACAUUUCUGUGCAAGUUGCCACAUUCAUUCAUCAAAACUAUAUAGUUGUGGUUGAGAGGACUCUACAGAAUAAAUAGGAAUAUUUUUCU